GCUCUGGGUUUGUGCACAGUGUGUGUAUGUUUGUAUUAGCUCUGGGUUUGUGCACAGUGUGUGUAUGUUUGUAUUAGCUCUGGGUUUCUGCUUCAGUGUGUGUGUGUUGGAGAUGCUUCCCGUCAUGAACUGUGCGUUAUGAAGUGUAAUGAUGAAUCAGCUGCUGGCGUCCGUGUGAAGAUGCUCUAGAAACAUCUGCAUCUGACCCUUACCUUUGACCCCUGACCCCGAACACUGACCCGUGCCUGGCCGGCGUCCACCGUGCUCCAGAACCAUGUGAGGGCUUUUCAGUGCCUCUCUGAGCACCGCCUGUAACCCCGCCCCAGUUUAUACAAGCCCCGCCCCUCCCUCUAGCCCCGCCCCUCCUCUGAAGACACUGGCCAUGAUGUUCCGGGACCAGGUGGGGAUCCUGACGGACUGGUUCAAGGGCUGGAAUGAGUGUGAGCAGACGGUGGCGCUGCUGUCGCUGCUGAAGCGUGUCUCUCGGACGCAGGCCCGCUUCCUGCACAUCUGUCUGGACCACUGGCUGGCCGACUGCACCGAGAUACACAUACUGGAGGCAGAGGCCAACAACGCAGCUGUGGUCAGUCAGUGGCAGCAGGAGCAGAAGGAGAAGGCCGUGUCGCUGCUGCUAUCCCAUCUGCCCCUGCUGCAGCCGCGCAACAGUGAAGCUAAGUGUGAGUACAUGAAGCUGCUGCAGAUGGUCCUGAGCCACACCAUCGAGAGCAGUCUGUUCGUGGAGGAGAGUCGCCAGCUGCUGUCCUACGCCCUCAUCCACCCGGCCACCACCCUCGAUGACCGGAACACUCUGGCCCUGUGGCUCAAUCACCUGGAGGAGCACCUGUCCUCACGGCCGGCCGCGCUGCAUCACGCCCCGCAGGGCUCCGACGACUGGCCCUGCUCCGCCGAGGCCCUGGAGCCACCCUACGGACAGAACGGACACAUGGCUUUCCCUGGAUCGGGCGGAGUGACCCCACCGGUCAGCAGCAGCAGCACAGGACUGUCUGGUCAGGUGCAGCCGAGCUCGAUGAGGCCCUCCAUGUCUCUCACACCCACCAGUCAGCUGACCUGUGGCUCUGAUUGGCUGAGCCAGGAGGAGGGGGGCGUGUCCGGAGCAGAACACGCCCCUCUGUCGCCGCAGAGCAGUGUGGCUUCAUCAGGCAGCGAACAGACGGAGGAGCAGAGCAACACACGCAACACUUUCCAGGAGGACGGCAGCGGGAUGAGAGACGUGCCGGCCUGGCUGAAGAGUCUCCGUCUGCAUAAAUAUGCGUCACUCUUUUCUCAGAUGACGUAUGAAGAAAUGAUGAUCCUCACAGAGAAGCACCUGGAGUCACAGUCGUGUGGUGUGUGUUUGUUUCAGAACGUGACGAAAGGAGCUCGACAUAAGAUCGCUCUGAGCAUCCAGAAGCUGAGAGAGCGACAGAGCGUCCUCAAAUCUCUAGAAAAGGAUAUUCUGGAAGGCGGGAACGUUCGGAAUGCUUUACAAGAGCUUCAGCAGAUCAUCAUCACGCCAAUCAAAGUCUAUGCCCCGCCCACUGCUGCUCAGAAGGAGGUGGAGCCUGGAGUCACACCUGCCGAUAAAGCAGCCAAUCCUGGUGAAGAGAAGGAGAGCGAGGGCUUCCAGACCCACAAUCCUCCAGCGUGUGACGGAGAAUCAACGUCUGCACCCAUCGGUGACGGAGACAUCGCAGGACAGUUCACACGUGUGAUGGGGAAAGUGUGCACACAGCUGCUGGUGUCCAGACCGGACGAGGAGAACAUCAGCUGUUACCUGCAGCUCAUAGAGAAGUGUGUGACACACGAGGCGUUUACAGAGACGCAGAAGAAGCGGCUGUUGUCAUGGAAACAGCAGGUGCUGAAGUUGCUCCGCCUCUUCCCACGGAAGACUGUGAUUGACAGCAGCGUUUACCGGAGAGGCUGGCAGCAGUACGGGUCGAACUCUCUGCCCACAGCUGGAUCUGUGAGCGCAGGCUUGAGCCGCCGGGGACAGAGACCCUUCCAGAUGCCCCCCCGAGGAGCUCCUCCAGCCGGACGCAUGAGUCUGAUGAGCACUGACCGGGGUCUGACCGGAGCAUCCCCCCGACACUCGCUCACUAACCCCCCCACCGCCAGCACACAGGGCCGACAGAAUCUGUGGUUUGGGAAUCCUGGAGGCAGUAACAGCAUGCCGAGCCAGAGCAGAAGUUCAGUGCAGAGAACUCAUUCACUUCCUGUUCACACGUCUCCUCAGACCAUGCUCCUGUUCCAGCAACAAGAAUGCCAAGUUCCGGGGAUGGAUCUGGAGAUCAACCCCACGCUGGAGUCUCUGUGCCUCAGCAUGACAGAGCACGCCUUAGGAGACGGGAUGGACAGAACAUCGACUAUAUGAGAGGACCUGAAAGAAACCUGCGCUCCAGCACACACACGCAAACAACAGUCACUACAGACCACACACGACUAACUGUGUAUACAUUCUCUAAUAUUUUUCUACUUUAUUGUACUUAACUAAGUUUAUUAUAAAGGAAAUACAGAAACUAUUAUAUGGUUGAGGAACGAAGGUGCUUCUGGUCUGAGCCGUUCGUUAUCCAAUGGCCAUUUACAUCACUUCCUGCAUGACCUCUGACCCCACCACGGACUUCCUCCUGUGCUCUUCUGUGUUUAGACGGCAGUCGUGCUUCCCGUGUUUAUCUGUCCUUAGUUCUGUCCAGGUACAGAGGUUUGCUAGCACUUAUCCGUGAGAUGUUUACCAGGCGUCACUACAGCCGCGAGCGUUUCUCCGUUUGUAAAUACACAAGUGCACAAGGAAAAGCAGAAUAUGACCCCAGAGACUUUAUCCAAAUGAUUUUUAUACACAGAUCUAUGAAGUAAAGAUGUGAGAUCGAGCUGUGCUCGUCUGUUGCUCCGCCCCUCUGUGAUUGACAGGGACAUCCGCCAAUGACAGACUCCGCAAAAACCCACCAAUCAGAUUGCAUUUCAUCAUCAUCAUCAUCAUCAUCAUCUUCUGGUUUCCUGCUGUCUUCACAGACUCGACCGAUCGCAGCGGUGCUUCAUCUGUGGUGUGUUUCCUGUUUGAAUGGUACAGUCUCCUAACGGUGUGUGUGUGUGUGUGUGUGUGUCUAGUAAAGCUUUAUUGACUGAAAAACAGGCUUGUUUGCUUUGUUGGUGUAAUGAUUCGGUCGGAGCUCAGGAACACCCACAUCUCUCGAAAAUCACAGAAACAAAUGUUUUUCAUAAAGAAAAUGAAGCCUGUUUUCUACGGAAGCUCAUUUCUGCCGGCGCAUAAAAAAAACAAAUACAUAAUUGCAACUUUUUAUCUCACAAUUCUGACUUUUCUUAAAUGUGUGUUUAUGACUGUUAAACACAUUCCCAAUACUGUAACGGCAGAAAUAUUACCAUUCAGUUCAUCUGUGGGAUGAUGUGCAUUUAAUUGUGAUCUGGAUCUGAGAAGAGUCCAGACAGGUGUGUGUGUGUGUGUGUGUCUGAUGUGGAACAGCCUGGCGCUGCUUCAGUAUCGUGCUCAUCAUGAGGUCAGCUGGUCACUCCUCCUCUUCAUCCGUGAGGAAGAGAUCUUUCCUGGCGGGAAUCAUUCCAAAGAUGUCCUCUGUCUGUCUCUCUCUGGAGACCUCGUCUGUGAACCUCGCUGCAGAUCAGACCCACGAAAGGCGCUUGGCAUGAGAUAUUACUAUUAUUAUUGCUAUUAUUAUUAUUAUUAUAAUUAUUCCUGACAUCUGGAGUGAUGGGACUUGUGUGUGUUGCUCUGUUUGGUUCAGUUCUUCUAAUAUCUUUGUCAUGCUUCUUACCUGAAUGGACAGCAGAAUGAUAAUAAAUUGGUCAUGUUUUGCAUUUA